AGAACCCGGGUGCUGAGCUGCACGGCUCCCCAUUGCUUGGCACAGCCAAACACAGGGAGGGGGGGGAGUGUUGGGGCUGCUCCUGCCUACAGCCCACACCCCACAGCCCUCUCUCCCCACACCCCACACCCUCUAUUGGGCAGCACAGAGCUGUUAAUGUUUAACCCGUGGUGCCAAUCGGCGGCAGGUAGCGGCCGCAGCGCUCCUGGGGGGCCACGUCCUGCCAUGCAGCGGGCAGCAGCACGGCCGCCUCCGGGGGUCCCAUCGCCGCAGCCCCCUCUGGAAGAUGACGGCUGAGCCCACCCCCGCCAGCAAUGAGAAGGGACCGUGGCACCAUGCUGCUGGGCAGGAUGCCUUCUGGCAGAGCUGUGCCCACAUGAAGUCGUGGCCAGGACUGCUGCGUGUGCUGGGGGGGCUGCAGCUGCUGUGCGGGGGGACGGCCUUCAUCUGCGUGUGUGUUGACAUCCCGCGGGGUCACAGCGCUUACGGCAGCGAGCUGCUCCUCGGGGGGGGCCUGGGGGUCCCUCUGACCCCCUUCGUGCUGGCGGUGCUCGGCCUGGCCUGGCUGCUCACUGCCCUCCUGCUGGGGGUUGCCGCCCGCUACCACCGCGUCCUCCUGGGGGUCACCUGGUGGCCCCCCACCGAAGCGGGGCUCCACGUGCUGCUCUUCCUGCUCUGCCUGGCGGCGGCGGGGGCCCACGUUCACACUGUCACUCUGGGUGGGCUCUGCUCCUCCCCGCUGCUUGGCAGCCCCCUCCUCACCGAGCUCUGCCGGGUGGAGGGGGGUCAGGCGGCCGCGCUGCUCUUCCUCUUCCUCACGGCGCUGCUCUACCUGGCCGGCAGCGCCGUGGCUCUCAAAGUGUGGCACGAGGUGGCCCGGUGGCACCGGGGGGCUGCGGUGAUUCCCUGUAGCCCUGAGGGCAGCCUGCAGCCUGUGAGGGCCUCGUGUCCCCCAGUUUGCGUCCUGAAGCCUCUGCUGGUCCAAACCAAGCGUGUCGUCUUUGAGGAUGAGGUGGGGGUGGCGGGGAGACCCCCACGGAGGGCUGGGGUCACCACCACCGAAGAGGGCAAGCAGCGGGGGGGUUCUGGCUCUGUGCCCCCCGGGCUCGUGCCACAGCCACACAUCAUCCCUGAUUACGUGGUGCGGUACCCAGCAAUCCGGAGCGCACGGCAGAGGCAGCAGUACGGAGCGGUGUUUGCAGAUCAGCACGCAGAGUACAGAGAGCUGCAGGGGGAGCUGCAGGCGGAGAGGUGCGGGGAUGCCGUGUGCCACCCGCAGCGACGUGCGGGCACGGAUUUGGCCUUCGUGGCAAAGCAGCAGCGCUGCCUUUACCUGAAGGAGAAGCUGACGCACAUUAAGGCACAGAUCCGUGAAUUCGACCGCAGCAGCGACCGCAGCAGCACCGUCCUCUUCUGAGCGGGAAACGAUGGAUGGGGACCCCCCCCCCAAAUCCCUGGAGACACCGCGGGGCUCAGUGCUGGGCCGAUGGCACUACGGGCACCCACUGCCCAGCUGCUGCACUGCGACCACCCGGGCAAAGGGUGCAAAUGUGGGGCUUCUGGGGGGUCUCUGGUGGCUCUGCAGCCCACGGACCCAGCAGAUGCAGCCGCAGUGGGAUCGGAAUAGUUUAUAAUAAAAUCCGAUGAUAUUUCCGAGGGGAUUCAAUGCAUCCUGGGGUACCAGCAGUGGGUGGGGGGCACCCAGCACCCCGGGGACGCUCCGGUUCCCCGAUGUCACCCAGGAGGUGCUGAGCCCCGGUCCCCAAAAGGAAGUAACCCAAC